AUGUCCAUGGCGUCGACCGGCGGGCGGUCGAGGCGGCAGCGGCAGCUGCCAAUGGUGCCGCGGAACAUCACCAUUAGGACGGAAGGGUUCUCCAACGAGGACGACGAUAGCGAGCUGGUGCCGUCCUCCCUCGCGCCAAUCGUCCCCAUCCUCCGCGCGGCCAACACCAUCGAGGACGAGAACCCGCGCGUCGCCUACCUCUGCCGGUUUACUGCAUUCGAGAAGGCGCAGACAAUGGAUCCAAACUCAAGUGGGCGUGGUGUUCGGCAGUUUAAAACCUAUCUGGUGCACAGGCUGGAAAAGGAUGAAAAGGAGACAUUCCGCAAGCUUGCGUCGACUGAUGCAAAAGAGAUUCACAAGUUCUAUGAGCAGUAUUGUAGAAAAUAUCUGGAGGGUUUUCAAGACAGAAAGUUGGACGAGAUGGGUCAAUACUAUCAGACUGCAUCCGUCCUAUACGACGUGGUAAAAACUGUGUCACCUCCAACUGGGCGUGACACCAAGUUUGAUCAGUACGCGAAAGGGGUUGAAAAGGAGAAAGCUUCCUUUUCACAUUACAACAUAUUACCCCUUAAUAUUUCAGAACCCCCACCACAUGUAAUGGAAAUACCUGAGAUAAAAGCAGCAGUGGCGCUUCUUCGCUGCAUAGAUAAUCUUCCAAUGCCAAAGCCAGAUAUGAGUACGACUAAUGUGCCUGAAGAUAUAGAAGGACCUAUUGUUCUUGACUUGCUCGAUUGGCUCUGGCAAACAUUUGGAUUUCAGAAAGGUAACGUGGAGAAUCAAAAGGAACAUUUGAUUUUGCUACUUGCUAACAUGGAUAUGAGAGGAAGUGGUAAUGUUCACCAGGAUGAAAGACAAAGUCAGAUACAUCGCAAUACAUUUCAUCACUUGAUGAAGAAAGUUUUUAAAAAUUACAUGUCAUGGUGCCGGUAUCUGCAUUUAAAGUCAAACAUCAAAAUUCCAAAAGAUGCCUCCACACAACAACCAGAGCUUCUUUACAUAGGGUUAUAUUUGCUGAUUUGGGGUGAAGCUUCUAAUGUUCGCUUUAUGCCUGAAUGCCUUUGCUAUAUCUUCCACCGUAUGGCGGGGGAUUUGUAUGAUAUAUUAUCUAAUGGAAGCGGAGACCCUUUUGACCCACCCUUCAAGCGAGAGGGGAGUGAUGGUGCAUUUCUACAGCGGGUUAUCCAACCCAUCUACAAUGUUAUUCAAAAUGAAGUUGCAAUGAGUAAGCAUGGUACUGUUAGCCACUCAAAGUGGAGAAACUAUGAUGACAUGAAUGAAUACUUUUGGUCAAAGAAAUGCUUCAAACAACUUGGAUGGCCAAUGGAUCCAGCCUCUGACUUUUUCAUGAAUCCUGUGAAAACUAAAAAUGAUAUCCAGGCUCACUUUUGGAUCCUUGAGGGGACAUAUUUUGCAACCGAGCGAGACCAAACUUUGGUGUAACUUCGAGUUCCAAGCUCUUGGUGCCUUCUUGAGCUUGUAAACUUUCCCCUCUUCACCUUUCUUCUCAUAGUGCGGGGUUGUUCCAUGGACACUUCUUCUAUGAGAUCGCCA